AUGGACCCCUCUGCGACGAUCGACCCGGCGACGGGCCAGCCGUUGCCUUCAGAUGCCAUUGUGCGCAUUCUCCAAAUCACCAACCGCGUGCACGUCUACUCCCUCCCGCGCGACGCCGUCUCCACCACCGCAGGCUACGCCGCCGCCUCCUGGACCACCGACCCGCGCAACCACAUCUUCACCGCGCGCCUCCGCGUCCUCGAAACCUCCUUCACCCCCCCUACCCCCACCGCCGAAAAGCAGCAAAGCACCAACACCGAAGAAGAAGACCCCCCUCAAACCCUAAAAAUCGACAUCCUCCUCGAAGACCCUUCCACAGGCGCGCUCUUCGCAGCGGCCCCCUACACCUCCGGCGCCGUGGUCGAGCCGACGACAGACAGCUCGCGGUUUUUUGCCAUACGUGUGCAAGACCCGACCAGCAAGCAAAAGGCUACGCUGGGCAUCGGGUUUGAGGAGCGCAGCGAGGCGUUUGAUUUUGGGGUUUCGUUGCAGGAGGCUGGACGGGCGUUGGGGUGGGCUGGGACGGGGACGUCUGCUGCGCAGGGUGGUGCUGGGAGUGGUAGUGGGGGGGUUGGGAAAGGGGGGGGUGUUGCUCUUGCUGGGGGAGGAGGAGGGGGUGGGUUUGGGGGGGAGGAGGAGAAGAGGGAUUUGAGUUUGAAGGAAGGGGAGACGAUUACGGUGAAUUUGGCUGGGACGAGAUUUGGGCGGAGGUCUGGGAGGUCGGAGUCGCAGGGGGAGAAGAAGGAGGAUGGGAGCAGUAAUUUGGCGUCGUUUGCGUUGCCGCCGCCGCCGCCUCCGAGUGGGAGGGCGCAGAAGAGGUUGAGCGCGCAGCAGUUGGGGUUUGAUGAUGGGCAGUUUGGGGAGUUUGCUUGA